AUCAGAACAAAGACAAGUCCUCCCCGAUAUACUAGAGAAAAUGGACUUCAAUGUUCGUCAGUGCAACCAAACAACGUAUCACUCGGCCAUCAUCAGGCUGGUGUACAUAGAAGUUAACAUGGUGGUGAUGGUUCUGGCAGCAACAACUCUUGCGAUCUUCGGAUCCUCGCGGAGGCGUAGCAACAAUGCGGUGUUAACUGGAAUACAAUGGAUAAGCUACACUUUGCUUACCACCAUUUUGUUCUCCAACACCAUAGGCCAGAUGCAAAGUGCCCAAUUCCGAAAUGAACUCUUUGCUUUAUGGGCAAUAUCUUUGCUCAUCCUCUUCGCAAGUGUCGAUUCAUUUUCUGCAUUGAGUCUCGCGGGCAAUGAACAAUGGAGGAAGCAUUUUGGGGAACUUUUUUUCAUGGGAGGUUCACUGGGAUGGAUUACUGCCUUCUACUUUGCAGGAAACAAAUACUACUUGUAUGUCUUUCCUGGUAUUAUCUUCAUCCUUGGUUACAAGGUACGGGAAAGAGGUAUAGCUAUGUGUUUGGCCUCUAAAUACUUCAUAGAAAGGAACACUAAAUUGAUUGCCGAUUUCAUGGCCCAUGAGCAUGAAAUCCGUACGGAGGGUGAACCAGAUCCUACUGACAUGCGGGGUUACAAUUACUUGGUCAACGGAGACACACAGAAGGUAAAAGUCACCCUGCCGCUUUAUCAGAAGCAGGUGGACAUUACAAAAGCUGAAAUUGUCACCCUGCAGAAGGUCUGGCAGCAUCGAGGGAGGCUUCUAAGCGGGGAAACAGGGGAGCGACUGAAGGACAUCUGCCUCUCUUUUGCCUUAUUCAGGCUAAUUUACCGCAAAUUUGGCGGUCAUCCCUUCUCUGAGAGUGGCCAUGGCAAGACAUGGAAUCUCGUUCGACAUGGUCUACUUUCCAAAGAAGAUGAUUAUAACAGAGUAUUCAGGGUCAUCGAGGUAGAACUCUGUUUCCUUUUUGAUCUUUUCUAUACCAAGUACGCGGCCAUCUUCAAACAAGGUCAAGGAUGGAACAAAUUAAAGCUGUUCGAUGCUAUAUUCAUCGUACUUGGUUGCGUCGUUGCGGCAAAAAUCCUGGGUGAUUAUAAGCCAAGUAAUGAGAACUGUAAUCUCAUUACAGGUGGUCAAGAGAUUAACAUUGACAAGCUAGUUUCAGGUUUUGUCAUAGUUGGAGUCCUCUUCUUGGAGAUUGCCCAACUUCUCUGCCUUAUGGUAUCUGAUUGGGCCACUGUGCUUUGGAUUUGCAGCUAUGUGAGGGGAGAUUCGUGGCUGCAGAAUAAUGAUACCUACCUCAAGGUAAGAACAAAGGUAAUUUUGUACAGUCAAGAAAAGUUGAAACCUUGGGGGAGAAAACUUGAUCAAUACUCUCUUCUUGAAUCUUUCAAUCGCGACCCUUUGGGAUGGAAAUUGAGGCGUCUAAUCUUUCAUCUUUUAGAUGUUCCCAGAAUAGGUCGGAAAGGAAGCCAUCGUAUCCUUUUACCCGAACAGGUAAAGAAGGCAGUGGUGCUCAUUCUUAGAAGGGAUGGUCCCAAAUUGAGCAAUGGGGAAGAAUCUUUGCACAGGAAUGGAGUGUGGGGUGACCUUUCUUGGGCAUGUAAACUGGAGACAACCACCCAUGUCAUCUUGGUGUGGCAUUUGGCUACUAGUCUCUGUGAGAUUGCAACAAAAGGAGAGAGUUUAAUGACUAAAGAAGAUUUCACUGUUGCCACUAGCUUGUCUAAUUAUUGUGCCUAUCUUGUGGCUUUUGCUCCAAGGUUGAUUUUUGAUAAUGCUGUUGUUUCUGAGUCCAUAUUCGAUUCGGUAAUUAUUGACGCCAGAUACUUUCUCAGUAAGUGCAAGUCAGACGAAAAGAAGUAUGCAAGGAUGAUGGAACUUGGUAAAGGAAACGAUAUCAUUGAAAGGGCUGCAGUGCUUGUGAAGAAUCUGGUUAACCUACAAAAAGACUUAAUGUGGAAGGUCUUAGCUGAUUUCUGGGCAGAGAUUAUGUUAUUUCUAGCACCCACUGGUGAUCCAAGUGCUCAUGCAGAAUAUCUAGCCAAAGGUGGACAGUUUGUAACCCAUUUAUGGGCGUUGCUCUCGCAUGCUGGCAUUCUUACUCAGUCUCAGCCUUCAACUUCGCAAGAUGUUUAGUGGUCAUGUUAAUUUAUGCAUAUCAAAUUAUGCUAAGCUCUCUUAAACCUCGUUUAUAAUUUGUAUUAAUUUGUAACAUUUGGGGUGUUUGAUCAGUUGUGUUUAAUAUAUAGGAAGCUGGACUUAAUUUUUAAGUUGUGGUGUUUAAUAUUAAGCAUUGUGAUCAUACGUAAAUGCGAACAAAUAAAAUAUAAGUGAUUGA